GCAACCUGGCGCAGGCUGCACACUUUUAGAUGUCACAGAAGCUGAGUUAUUUGUGCCUCGUUUUUCUUUUAUAUUCCUACAGCAAUGCCUCCCAAAAAGUCAGCAGCUGAGGCGCCUGCACAGUCUUCAAGCGAUGUAGCGGUGGAAGAGACGGAUGAGAAAGCGCCAGGUGCCGCGGCGGUGCGUAAAAUUGCAGCUCAUCCCUCCACUGCCAUUAUGGUGAAAGAAGCGCUUAAAGAAUUAGACUCGCGCAAAGGAGUCUCAUCACAAGCCAUACAGAAUUAUAUUAAACAGAAGUACCCCUCUGUGGAUUCGGUGAGGUUGAAGUAUUUGGUCCGCAAAGCCCUGAAAAAAGGAAUUGAGAAUGGCACUUUAGUGCGGCCUGCAAACUCCAGUGUCACCACAGGCGCGACGGGGAAAUUCAGGCUCGCACCAAAAGUGAAAGAGUCAAAGCCAAAGGGCGAGAAUGCAGAUCCCAAUGUCCAAAAAUCUCCAAAAGCAGCCAAGGGCAAAACGAAGGAUGGAGCCAAAAAGUCUAAAAAAGCAGGUGCCACUAAGAAGACAGAUGCUGCAAAUGAACAAACAAAAUCACCAAAGGACUUGAAGCCUCCUAAAAAGUCAAAGAAAAAUGACGAGGCUCUUGCCUCAAAGGUUGCACCAGCAAAGAAGCCUAAAGCGAAGAAAGCUGAAGCGGGAGGUGAUGGUGAGGGCACCAAAACUAAAGCUGCAAAGAAGACAAAGGAGGGGAAGCCUGAAAAGGCAUCCCAGAGCAAGGCCACUAAAGCUGGCAGUGAUGUCCCUUCUAAAGCUACUGGGAAGCGAGCAAAGAAGGCUGCAGACUAAAGUUUAUACUAUUUUAUACUGUUAUUUGCAAUAAAAUCUUAAUUUUUGA